GUUUGACAAACACCAUUUAACCUCAGAGGAAGAAGUUCAGUUUCGCCGCGCUCUCUGUUGUUGUUAUGUCGGUGUGCUGCCUUAAUACAAACGGUUAGACACGUUUCUAAGAGAAAAAUUUAGUUUUUGAAUCAGUUCAGUAAAAUACCUGUAAUAUCAACAUCCUAACAAUCGUGACUGAGUUUUGAAGCGAGCAAGAAUAUCUGGAGGAGUUUAUCAUCUGAACUGAGAUCUGCUGCUGUGAAGAUGCAGUUUGUGAAAGAAGAGAGAGAAGAGAACACGAGUGAACCAGACACCAGCACAAUUAAACACGAGGAACCAGAAACCUGGAGAAUAAAACACGAGGAACCAGAAAUAAAACACGAGGAACCAGAAAUGCUGAGAAUAAAACACGAAGAUCUAGGAACCUGGAGAAUAAAACACGAGGAACCAGAAACCUGCAAAAUAAAACACGAGGAAAAAGAAUCCUUGAGAAUAAAACACGAGGAACCAGAAAUAAAACACGAGGAACCAGAAAUGCUGAGAAUAAAACACGAAGAUCCAGGAACCUGGAGAAUAAAACACGAGGAACCAGAAACCUGCAAAAUAAAACACGAGGAAAAAGAAUCCUUGAGAAUAAAACACGAGGAACAAGGAGAGUUCAUUGAAGAAAAAGAGGAAAAUGAAGAAUCAAAUCCUCAAGAGAAGCAGAACGCAUGUGAUCAGUGCGAUAAAAUGUUUUUAUGGGCUUCACUUCUGAAGAAACACUUGAAAGUUCAUGCAAAGAAGAAACCACAUUUAUGUCAUUUGUGUGGUAAAAGUUUUUUGCAUGUACAAAGUUUGAAAGAACAUCUUCAGAUAAUACAUACUGGUGUAAGAGAGUACGUGUGCUCUGAGUGUGAGAAGACUUUUAGUUCAGCAAGCAGUUUAAAACAGCACGAGAGGAUUCACACUGGAGAGAAACCUUACAAGUGUUCACACUGUGACAAGAGAUUCAGUAAAUUAUCAACUCAGAAAAUACAUGAGAGGAUUCACACUGGAGAGAAUCCUUAUAAGUGUUUACACUGUGACAAGAGAUUCAGUAAAUUAUCAACUCAGAAAAUACAUGAGAGGAUUCACACUGGAGAGAAACCUUACAAGUGUUCACACUGUGACAAGAGAUUCAGUCAAUCAUCAACUCUGAAAGCACAUGAGAGGAAUCACACUGGAGAGAAACCUUACAAGUGUUCACACUGUGACAAGAGAUUCAGUCAAUCAUCAACUCUGAAAGCACAUGAGAGGAAUCACACUGGAGAGAAACCUUACAAGUGUUCACACUGUGACAAGAGAUUCAGUCGGUUAUCAAGUCUCAAUCCACAUGAGAGGAUCCACACUAGAGAGAAACCUUACAAGUGUUCACACUGUGACAAGAGAUUCGGUGAUUCAUCAAGUCUAAAAAAACAUGAGAGGAUCCACACUGGAGAGAAACCUUAUAAGUGUUCACGCUGUGACAAGAGAUUUAGUGUGUUAUCAAGUCUGAAAACACAUGAGAGGAUCCACACUGGAGAGAAACCUUACAAGUGUUUACAAUGUGACAAGAGAUUCAGUCAGUCAACAGAGCUGAGAAUACAUGAGAGGAAUCACACUGGAGAGAAACCUUACAAGUGUUCACACUGUGACAAGAGAUUCAGUCGGUUAUCAAGUCUCAAUCCACAUGAGAGGAUCCACACUAGAGAGAAACCUUACAAGUGUUCACAAUGUGACAGGAGAUUCAGUAAAUCAUCAAGUCUCGAAACACAUGAGAGGAUCCACACUGGAGAGAAACCUUACAAGUGUUCACACUGUGACAAGAGAUUCUGUCGUUUAUCAAAUUUCAAAACACAUGAGAGAUUUCACACUGGAUAGAAAGCACAUCACCGCAAUGUACGUGGGAAGCGUACAUUGGCCCGUACACGCGGAGAUGCAUUUAGAUGUUUAUGUAAAUAUUUUGUUAGGUAUAUGUGUUUCGUCCAGACGGAUCCAGCAUUUUGGGAGAAUGAAUUCACUAUUUCUUUGGGUCCCAGAGUGGAUAAAUCUGAAAAUGACACCUUUGGGUCUUUGUGUUCUGCCAAUCCAUAUAUUUUGUGAAACGAAGUCAUAGGGCUGUGAUGGUGGCUGAUUUUUACCACCGCGGUAGUCAUGGACCAACAACCGCGUGUGGCGCGGUGUUGAUUAAAAAUAAUAAUAAUAAUAUAUAUUUUAUAUAUAUAUAUUAAUGAAUGAAUGACUGAACAGGAGAUGUUUCAGACACACGCUCCUCUUCACUUUAUUAUCAGGUGCAAGUAAAGCGAAUCCGGAAACUGUCCUGUGCUCAAAGGCGCCAUUGCAGGCUUCCUUUGUGCGUAUCCUUUCAUAUCAAACUGCGAAAUAAACUAUGUGCAAGCAGUGUCGUGGUCAGUUAAUUCAUGGAAUUACCAAAAAAGGUGAUUAAAGCUGACUUAAACUGUACAUGCAUAUAAUAUAUUUUAUAUAUAUUAUAUACAGGAUAUAUUUAUAUACAUGUAUGCACAUCUAUGAAAUCAGCCCAGCACUGUUUCACUCAUCUAACACAUUCUAUUUAACUUGUCAGUUUGUGUUUAUUUGAGAACUUCUGACAAAAUACUCAUUAUAAUCAGUGAUGCUACACUGGAUGCAGCACAACACGACAUGAUAAAUCCCCGUCCGGUCUGUGAGGUACUGACACCGAGUCCAAAUGUCCUGUAUAGACACUAGACAGACUAAACCUGUCGCAAUGCGUUUGUGUUGCGUCCGGUUUACUUUUCCACCACUAAGCAAGCUCAGUAACUCCUCAUCUGCACGCGCUCUCUUUAAAAUAGGAAUCGUUGCCAUAUUUCUUGUUACCAUUUUUAUUUAUCGCUGUCUUGUUUGUAUUUGGCAAGUUUGGAGAAAGCCUCACUAAACCUGACCAGCCAGCGUUUGCGAUCACGAGAACUUGUGCAAACAUGGAUCAUAAAUGCAGAUGACUCAACACUAAAUUAAUUUGCUGAAUGCAAACUAUUUUCCUGAGCUCAAAUCUGCCAAUCUAAAGGAAGCGCUGUGUUUGAGGUAAUUUGUUAAUUACCAUAGACUUAGAAUUUGCAACUAUUAGUUAUUACACGUAUAUACAAGAUUGUGUAUUAUGCUUGCUAUAGAGUGUGUGACGUCACAUGCACUACCGCCGGUGGCAGUAGACAACCGCGAUGGCAACCGACCACCGCGGUGACGCAGUUGUCACAGCAACCGUCACAGCCCUACAAAGUCAUCACCCCACUUCUCUACUAUUGUCAGACACCGCUACGUCAUGUAACACCAACAACAAUGGAGAACAUGUCUGUGUUCAUGCUGCAGAAGCUACUGAGCCUAUUAGCUUGAUUAAACUUACUAGUAGAGCUGCACGAUAUUGGAAAAAAAAACACACAUUGUCAUUAUUUGUUUUAACGAUGUAUAUUGCAAUAUGGAAAAAAAAAUAAACAGAUGACUUGAACUGCUCUAUUUGGUUGGGGUGAUUUUGUAGGUGAAUAAAGCAGCUAAGAAAAUAGGCGAAAUUACAAACAGAUAAAUAUAAUAGAUAAAUUAUACGAAUUAAACAAAAAAAUGCUUUGUAUUCUUCAGGUAAGACCAACUGUUACUGUCUGUUACAGUAAAGUCUAAUACAUAACUGCUGCGUUACAUUGCUGACAGAAUGCAGUGUUUAUAAUCUAGAGAUUGUAAAGAGGAUGUAGCUCACGCACUGUCAAGUCAAGUGCCAGUGGAUUACUGACUUGCUCCCACGAGACCCGAUGCAACAGAGAGCGGCGCGGGACAAGACUUAUAAAUAUCUAAACAUAAAAAAUCUAAAACAAAUAAAUUAUUUAUCUAUUGCACCAAAGCAAAAUAAACUAUGAAACAUAAACGAUUAACAGGUGCAAGCAUAUGCAGAGCUUCUAUUUAGGCUUUAACAGGGAUUGGUUUGUUGCAUGAUGAGACUGAUGCGAGAUACUGAUCCAAAAGCACAAGUUUUGUUAAUAAGUUUAAUUUCUUCCUGUAAUAUAGGCUAAGCGAGUUUUUCAUUAUUGUUGCUGUUUCCAUUUAAAAUAAAUAAAACAUUGAACAACAAACUAAGCAUUUGUUUUAAAAGGGGAAAAAUACCUUAUUUAUUUUGGUUACAAUAUCCAUCUUAUUAGUUUUUGUUAAUAAAAUUCAAAUGUUUAAAUGCCAAUGGGAAUUUGUACCAUUGUACUUUUUAUGGCUUGUGUUUUAAUUAAUAGACUAAUAAUGGACCACAUACUACUAUAGUUUUAAAGAAAUGGGAAACCCAAAUACUUUUUUUGUGUGUUACAAUGCAAAUAAAACAUUUUCCUUAUAUUAUUAAUAAAAGUUCAAAGUUUAAUAAAAGAUAAUUUGUUAUCGUACUGUUUUAGCAUGUUUUGUUAUUAAAUAUAAUGGGCUAAUAAUGAGCCACAAACUAAGGUUUCAUUUGAAGUAAGAGGAAAAUGUAGAUUCAUUAUGCAUAUUUUUAUUAGAUUAGACUAGAUUCAACUUUAUUGUCAUUGCACGUGGGUACAAGGCAAUGAAGUACAGUAGUACAGGGGAAAAGUGAUACAUCAUAACAGAAAAGAGAGGAGAAUAAAAACAAUACCCACACUAUGCUCCUUUGGGAGCAGUGUGAGAACAGGUAAAACACCGCAGCACAAAAGCACAUAAUCAAUACACCUUAAACACACAAUUUUACAACUGUAGACGGAUAUUGGGGGGUCGAAGUAAUCCAGCACAGGCGAUCAGCCAUUUGCCAUUACAGCGCUGGUCAAAGACCCGCUUCUCAGACUGGCGGUACAAAGCGGCAAAAGCGAGGGGUGGGGGGAGAAUGCAUAUCUGUAUGUACGUGUGUGUGUGUGUAUUGGGGUUUGCGCCGACAAUUCGAUUAGUCCACUAGUUGACUUCAAUAGUCUGUCAUAACGCUUUAAACUUGACGUUGACUAGUCGCCGGUCCUAUAGAGGGUGCAACAGGAUAAAUCUUCUAAGGACUUCCACAUUUAUGCUCCAUUUCCAAACAGUUAAAAUAACAAAUACAUACAUACUAUGAAAGCACUCCACAUGCAUGUUUGAUUAUAUUACUGGACACUGGAAAUUGAACGGGA